GGAUCCAGACUCCCCCCAUCCGGCAAAACCAAAUAGACAAUAAAACAACUUUUGGAACAACACAAGGACACAAACAUGUCUGCUGGUCACAGAGAGACUCAGCGAGACACAACAUGUCAAACUGGAGCUGCUGUUUUUUUGUCAAACCCUUUGAUGAGCGAUGUGGAAUCAGACUGGUCUCCAAUUCAUGAUGCAGCCUUUAAUGGACGAGUCCUGGCUCUGCAAAGACUCAUCACUCAGGGUAACUGUGUAAACCUGAACACCCUGGACCAGGUCUCUCCCCUCCAUGGAGCCUGUGUACAGGGACACCUGGCUUGUGCCAAACUUCUGAUGGAAAACGGGGCAAAUUUAAACAGCUCAACUGUGGACGGACAAACUCCUCUGACAGAAGCCUGCGCCCGAGGCCACGUGACCUGCGUGUCAUUACUCCUUCAGCACGGAGCGACUCCUGUGGGGACGAGUUAUACCAGCUCUCCAAUCCACAGAGCUGCAGCCAAAGGUCACCCAGACUGCAUCGGGCCUCUCGUCCAGCACGGCGCGGACGUGGAUCAGCAGAUUGAUCAGUCGGGCUCCCCUCUCCAUGUUGCGUGCUCUAAUCAGCACCUGAGUGUGGCGAGGAAACUGCUCCAGCUCGGUGCUAAUGUGAACAACAGCGUGUCUGGUGAUUUGCCCCUGCACAUCGCCGCACGCCUGUCCAACCCCGAGCUGGUGUCUCUCCUGCUUGACCACGGGGCCGAUCGCUCCCUUAGGAACCUGGAGGGGAAACGGGCACAGGACCUCGCACCUCCCAAAAGCCUGGCAGAGAGACUGCUGAGACAAUCAGGAGAAGUGUCACCUCUAAUGCAGCUGUGCAGACUGAACAUCAGGAAAACGAUGGGCAAACAAAGGCUGGAGGGGAUUCAUGACCUUCCCCUCCCCACAGAACUGAAACACCAUCUUCUCUAUCAGUCAAACCUCUGUCAGCAUCCUCUACCUCAAAAUCACAGCAAUUCUGGUCAACAUCCACAGGGGGCAGACUUGCACAACUUUACUGAGAUGAGAUGACGACAACAUGGCUCAUUCUCCGUUAUGACAGAGUACGACCAGUCUCUGCUUUUACAUGGAGCAACAUUUGAUCAUUGAAUACGAGCUCAAAAGAUCCAAUAAAUGUUUGUUUUUUUGACCUCAAUAUACUGUGAUUAUAUUAAUCUACUAUUGUUUUCUGUGACAUUGACACUGAAUGUGUGUUUGUAGGGAUGCAUUUCACACUGCUGUUUUUAUUUGGACUUGUAUGAUGUGGUAAUAAAAUCCCCCUGAAGAUUUCCUGGAAUUUUUUCCUCCAUUUAUCUGAGAGCACAGAUUCACGGAAAUAAAAUGACCGCAACGGUGACUCAAACCAUUAUUACCAUGAUACGUUGGAGACUUUUUCUCAAUAACUCAAGACCUUUUGACUGGAUAAACAGAACCUAUGGUGCAAAAGGAACCAAAAUAAAAACCUUCAACUUCU